AUGAUGGCUAACAAUCAAGUACCACUCAACGGCACCAAAGCAAAGCACGACCGCCGCGUCGCUGCCGUUCAUUAUAUCCAGGACAAGUUUGGAGAAGACAAGGUCAAGGUUGUCGAUCCUGCAAAGGUCCUCCAGAAGAGAGGCACCUCCACAUCCAGCACGACCGACUCGAGCGCCGCCACGGAUGGCCUCGAGAACCAUUACAACUGUCUGACCGAGAAGUUUGACCCGAGCUCUGUGGCAUCUAUCCUCGUGGGUCUCUUUCGAGAAAUCCCGCGGUGGGAAUACGGAUCAGUGGUCAACUUUGCUGCGUACGGAGGGGGUUACCCCCAGGACGGGGAUGCCGAGUUUGCUGCGCUCCGUCUGUGGGAGGCAGCGGAACAGUGGAACAGCUACGAUCUCGGCGUCAAGUUUGCCUGGGUGGACAAUCUCGAGGAUGCGGCGUUCGUGCUGGAGUAUGGUGGCGACAAAGAGGGCGUCCUGGCGUCGGCGUUCUUCCCCAAUUCUCAGCCCCUGAGCACCAUGUUCGUGUACAAAAAGGCACUCGAAACCUCCGAUACGUAUCGCAAGAUACUCAAGAAUAUCUUUCUCCACGAACUUGGACACGUUCUAGGCCUACGCCACGAGUUUGCUUUGGAUCCCCACCGCUUCGAGGGCGGCGCGUUGAUCUACGGCGCGAGAAACCCCAAGUCGGUCAUGAGCUAUGAGUUCCCCCCGGAGGUGCAGGAGAGCGAUAUCACCGAUACAAAGGGAUUUUACAAGCUCAAAGGUCUGGACUCUGGGAUGCUAAAGAUUAAGGAUUACAUUCCGGGAUGA